AUGGCCUCGCCUUUCUCGCUUGGGGCCAGGAGGCUGGCCUCCCAGCUUCCCUCCAAGUUUUUCGUCUGCAAUCAAUGCCUCCUGCGCCAGGCUCCCCGAACGCCCGCAUCGACCAUCCUCAAUGUCGUACGAUCGCGAAGUAUCUCGACCGAGACCGCCUCGGCCACACCUCUGGGCAAGCUCGCGCAGGAGAUGUCCUCUCGUGCGGCGCAUAGCACCACUGAGAAACUGGUAUCCGGCAAACGCUUUCCCAAUGUCAAUCCCAAGGGCGUGGGAUAUUGGUUGAUCGGUAGCGCUGUCAGCGUCUUCGGCAUCGUCGUCUGGGGUGGCCUGACACGAUUGACUGAGUCUGGUUUGAGUAUCACAGAAUGGAAGCCCGUCACCGGUUCAUUGCCCCCCAUGUCCCUUGAGGACUGGGAAUCCGAGUUCGAAAAGUACCGUGCCUCGCCCGAGUUUAAGCUUCUCAACCCCCACAUGAAUCUCGAAGAAUUCAAGAAGAUCUACUUCAUGGAAUGGUCCCACCGUGUCUGGGGUCGCUUCAUUGGCCUCUCUUUCGUUAUCCCUGCCGCCUACCUCAUCGCCCGCCGCCGAGUGACUGCCAAAAUGGCCUGGAAUCUCACUGGUAUCUCUGCUCUCAUCGGUUUCCAAGGCAUCAUUGGAUGGUGGAUGGUAAAGUCUGGUCUCAAGGAUGAUCUGUUCGCUCCCGGGUCGCACCCCCGUGUUUCGCAAUACCGCCUCACCACUCACCUGGGAACCGCCUUCAUCUGCUACGCCUGGAUGCUCGUCUCUGGUAUCUCCAUCCUCCGCACACGCCGCUUCCUCGCCGACCCCAAGGCCGCUAUGGAUAUUAUCAAGGGGCUUCAGCACCCGGCCUUGAAGACCCUCCGCCGCUCGGUCUUUGGCAUGACUGGCCUCGUCUUCCUAACAUGCAUGUCUGGCGGUCUCGUCGCCGGUCUCGACGCCGGUCUCAUCUACAACGAGUUCCCCAUGAUGGGUCUCGGCCUGACCCCUCCCAAGUCCGAGCUCUGGGACAAGUUCUACUGCCGCAAGGAGGACCACUCCGAUCUCUGGUGGCGCAACAUGCUCGAGAACCCCAGCCUCGUCCAGCUCGACCACCGCAUCCUCGCCACCACCACCUUCUGCGCCGCCCUCGCCCUCUUCGCCUACGCCCGCUCCGGCCGCGUCAAGCCCGCCCUCCCCAACAACAUCAGAAAGGGCACCACCGGCCUCGUCCACCUCAUGAUCAUGCAGGCCUCCCUCGGAAUCUGCACCCUCCUCUGGCUCGUCCCCAUCAACUUGGCCGCCACCCACCAGGCGGGCAGCCUGGCAGUCCUCACCGGCGCCCUGAUCCUCUCUCACAGGAUGCACGUGCCCAGACCCACGGUCCAACUCAUUGAGCAGAGGCUCAAGCAGCUGGCACAGAAAUAA